AUAACCGAAACACUUAAUUUUGCCGUGAGGCAAAUCAGUGAACUUGAGACAAAUAUUGUGGCUGUUGAACGAGUGAAAGAAUAUGCUGAAACCCCAACGGAAGCUCCAUGGCGAGUUGAAGGACUGAAUUUGGUGAAGGGCUGGCCUAAGAGUGGAACCAUUCAGCUGCGGGAUUAUUCGACCAGAUAUCGAGAGGGACUGGAUUUUGUGGUCCGGAAAUUGAAUGCUUCAAUCGAAUCGGCUGAAAAAGUCGGUAUUGUGGGACGAACUGGAGCAGGUAAGAGUUCGUUGGCCCUGGCGUUGUUUCGUAUGGUCGAAGCAGUUGAAGGAGAAAUUCUCAUUGAUGGUACCAAUAUUGCCGAAUUGGGACUUCACGACUUGCGGUCCAACCUUACCAUCAUACCUCAGGAUCCAGUUCUCUUCUCUGGUACAUUGCGGUUCAAUUUGGAUCCAUUCGGACUGUAUGACGACCACGACAUAUGGUCAGCGCUUGAGUUGGCCCAUUUGAAAAGUUUCGCUGCAGGACUCGCCGAUGGACUGAAUCAUAUUAUCAGCGAGGGUGGUGAGAAUAUCAGUGUUGGUCAGAGGCAGUUGGUGUGCUUGGCGAGGGCAUUACUUCGGAAGAGUAAAGUGUUGAUUUUGGAUGAAGCAACGGCAGCAGUUGAUCUAGGAACAGAUGCGCUGAUUCAAGAAACGAUCAGGCGUGAGUUCAAGUCGAGCACCGUAUUGACGAUUGCACAUCGCUUGAAUACGAUCCUCGAUUACGAUAGAGUGAUGGUACUAGACAAAGGAAGGAUAUACGAGUUCGAUUCACCGCAGCGACUUCUCGCAAACCAAUUUUCGGCAUUCUAUGCAAUGGCCAAGGACGCUAACAUUAUCGCAUAA